UUUUUUUAGGUCGAAACAUACGCUUGAGCAAAAACAAACAUUUUCAAGAAGCAGCAGCAAAAAUGACUAAGGGUACAACUUCUAUGGGUAAGAGAGGCAACAAGUCUCAUACCCUCUGCCGUCGUUGCGGAAAGCGCUCUUUCCACAAGCAAAAGAGCACUUGUGCUUCCUGCGGUUAUCCUUCCGCCAAGACCCGUAGCUUCAACUGGGGUGCCAAGGCUAAGAGAAGAAAGACCACCGGUACCGGCCGCAUGCAACAUAUGAAGUUGGUUCACCGUAGCUUCUUGAAUGGUUUCCAAACUGGUACCAAGCGUGCUGCUGUUAGCUCUGCAUAGAUGGACCCAAUAAAAAUAUCUUAUGCCUAUACUACAAAUGAAGUAAAAAGUUGUUAGGAGCAACGUAUUUGUUCCUGGCACAAUUGUUAAUGUAGCAUCGUUGUCU